GAGUGGUUUUAAAUGCCUCCUAGCUGGCUAGGGCUGCGCCUGGGCUGCAACUGUUAAGCCUCUCGUUCAGCAUCCCAGCCCUGCCCUGUCCUGCCUCUUUCUCUGAUGGCCAGAAUGGAACGUUUGCUGCUGCCGCAGGGGCUGCUUCUGUGGGCAACAGUUUGCAGUGUAAGCAGUCCAAGCCAGUGUGGGGAAGAUGAAUUCAAAUCCGAUACCUUCUGCUGCCAAUUAUGUCCUGCUGGCACCUACGUCCUUAAGCCAUGCCAGAGGGACCACGGUAAGAGCGAAUGUGUCCCAUGUGAAGCUGGAUACUUCAUGAAGAACAGUAACAGUGAGAUUGGCUGCUCGCAAUGCUCUCAGUGCCGGGAUGACCAAGAGGAGGUGGCCGAAUGUUCCCAGACGGCUGAUCGUGAGUGCCGGUGUAAGCAGGGAACCUACUGUAACUCUGAAAACUGUGUGGAGAAGUGCCUUCCGUGCAGCAGAUGUCCGAACGGCAGAGUCAUCAAGCAAUGUAACGCCACAGUGGACACACUGUGUGACACAUUGAAUUUAGAGUCAGUUGUUACAUUGCGGGCACCUGAGCACAACCGUAAGAACUUCACUGGGAAAGCCCUCUCCUGCCGCAGCGGAACUGUUACAUUGGGGAAGCAGGACUAUGUUUACUGA